UGCAGGGCUUUAAUGGUGUCUGUUUGGAUAGUCUGCUUGCAUUAACAGAAAAGCUUGGGAUAAUUAUUGGGUUCACUUGAUGAAAACGUUUUACGCAGAGGGUUCACAUUUGGGGGUAGCCUGUUUUGAUGUUGGGUAGUUUUAAUUAUCUGGUUAAAAUUGGAGCCAGUAUAUGAUUGUGCCUGGUGUUAAUUAUACAGAAGACAGUUAAGAACAUGGUCUAAAACCAAAAUCAUAGGGAUGUCUUACUAGCAUUCUGCCAACGAAUUCUUAUGAGCAGUCUGCCAACCCUACUAUGUUGGGUUGGUGAAAGAAAGGAUUAGAUUCUAGUUUGCCAUUUCCAAGAGUGAGAAUGAAAGGAACCCUAGAUCACCAAAGGUGCGUGGAGCCAUCUAGUUCCUUUUUGAGGUGUAUUGUAUUGUAUACAAAGCAGGCAGUAGAGCGAAAAUUGGUUUCUGAAUUGUGAUGUCUCAUGGUUGGUGAGCCUCGAACAGCCCUGUAUUCCAAGUCCCCAAACAUUACAGAAGCUGGUGAGGACCAGUGUGUGGCACAUGUAUGUAUAAAAGUUAGGUCCAUGCGCAUUUUGUAUAUAUGCAAGGAAAGGAAAAUAUAUAUUUUGGGCAAGGGGGAGAAAGUAUUGAUUGAAAGAGUAUGGUGAGCCUAAGCAGCUGGCGCUUACAAUAACAUGCUUGAUAAUGACUAGAGUAAUGCCUGGACUUCUCUUCCUUCAGGUAUGGCUCGUUAUCAACCUACCCAACCCAUGCUUGCUUCUUCCCACUUAGAGAGAGAGAGAGAGAGAGAGAGAGAGAGAGAGCCAUUUUGUUAUACGUGGGCAUAUACAUAUUGUGUGGUGAGUUGAGAACACAGCUGUAGUGUUUCACUUGUGAACCAGACGAAACAAAGGGGUCAUAAUUUGCUUUUGCAAAAGAAAUUGUCCUUUUUUUCUGUCUUCUCCUCCCGAACCCAUGAAUCGUUUUUCUUUAAAUUAUGCUAUGCUUUGAUGAAAUAUCAAAAUGGGUUUUUUCACAAAAAAUAAAAGUAAAAAAAAGGGUGUGUUAGUGGGAGAGGGGGGGCUGAAGCCGGUGGUUGGGGGUGGAGUGUUAAAUGAGGCGUUGGGAGGGUGAUGGUGGUGGUCGGCAGGCCUGCCCUUCGUCUUCAUUAAUAGGCAGUGUGUGGGCUCACGAGAAUCCUUCUCCUCCUUCCCAAAACUACUUUAAUUUUGUUUUAGGGAAACAAAACAAAGGUAGGUGCGAUCAAGAAACCUAAUCCCGGUGGGGCCUAGGCACGGCUGGGCCCAACUCUCUUGCCAAGUGAUCCAGUUGGGCACGGCUUGCAAGGAGAUUGUGCCAGCUUAGCGCUCCACGUGUCGCUUUCUCAUUGUUGGAUGUCAGCUGGCAGCUGACAUCAUGACACGAGUGCCGGCUUCUUUUUACCAAAAUACCCAUCUGCUUCUUCUUUAAUAACCACUAUGUUUUUUUGAAGGCCCUAGGGUUGGCCUUCGGAGCAGAAUUUACCAUAUAUGAACUAUUUUUGAAGUUUUAAAUUCAUGAAUUUCUUCUCACUAGAAAAAUAUUAAUUUUUCUAAAAUUUAAAAUUUCUUGCAUUCGUCUCUUGAUAUUUUAUUUUUAAUAAAAGGACUUGUGGCUUUUUAUUAAAUCUUGGGAGAAGUUGAAUAGCAUUUUGAAAAUGUGAAUUUCAAAUUUGAAUUUGAAUGAAUUUAGACAAAAUUUAAUAUAAUUUUGUAUUACAUUUUAUUCAAAUUUAUUUAAAAUCAUAUUUAAGAUUUUUUUCAAAUAAAGAUUUUAAAAGAUAAAUAUCAAAUAAAUUAUCGCCGACAUUUUAUAUAAUUUAAUUAUAAAAUGUACUAAAUAUUAUGGUGUACUCUUAAUGUUAUUAAAACAUGAAAUUUGUGUAUAGGAAAGUAAUGAAGCUUUCAGAUUUGAUACAAGUUAAAGAUUGGGUUACCAUUGGAUCCUGGAAGAGCUAACAAACACCAUGUGAUGGAAUAUCCCCUAUUGCCUUUUGCCAAAUCUCACUCAUCCAUGGUUGAACCAUAUAUGGGUUGAGCCCCAAACAAUUUAAUAUUUCUUUCAUAUGGUAAGAGGCUUACCAAGCUUAGAUCACACAAUGUAGCAAAUUAGCAAACCAUUAUUAUUCCUUUUUCUUUUUUGGCUUAACAUUAAAUUACAAAAAUUAUCUUUAAAAUUAAUGAUAGAGAUGCAUAUUAUAAGAAUGUAAUCAUUGAAGAUAAUUUGUGGAGAAAGAAGGGGUACAUAUGUAUAUGUAUAUGUGUAUGCAUUUGAAGUAGGUGAGGGGGGUAAGUGAAAGAACCAUUUACAAAGCCCAAUAACGUACAAGCACACCCUUAACCUGUGAUCCCAGUGGCCGACCCAUUUGAUUGAAAUCUCGGUGACAACAGGGGAGAAGCAGGGUGGAGCAUAGAGUGAAUAAUAAUUUCCCCUACGCUGCUGCUACUCUUCCCCUGUAACUCUUGUCUCGGCAUAUUAUGGAAGAUCUCUAAGCGGCCCCAUGCUUCCUCUGCUCUCCUCUGUACAAACAAACUUUAGUUUAGAGAGGCAGGCGUAUACCUGGGGCGCUGGGGGGAACCCACUUCCUCUGUACGCCGUAACACCACUUCUCCCUCUUUUCCCUCCUUCCCUCCCUCAGAUGUAUCCAACCCCGCCUUUAAAACUCUGUUCCACUGAUUAUUUUUGAUUAUUAACCGGCAGCCAUAGCCAGAAGCUUCUUUCACUAUUCCUAACCCUACGUUCAAUCCAAGUAUAAAAGAAAACCCCCACUCUCCUCUCUUCUCUGUCUCUGCUCUGCUCUGCCUUCUAAUUCAAAGCUCCUCCCCUCUCUUUUUUCUGGUGUUAUUGAAGGUUCUGUUUCUGGCAGUUCCAAAUUCAUGGCUGCCUCUACUCUCUUCCUCUUCCUCUUCCUCUUCCUCUUCCUCACAAUUCUCGCCCAAUACACUUCUUCCUCCAACUCCGAAAUCCUGCUCCUUCCCCUAACCCACUCCCUCUCCCUUUCCCAAUUCAACAGUACUCCCCAUCUCCUCAAAGCCACCUCCGCCCGCUCCGCCACCCGCUUCCACCGCCGCGCCCAGCACCUCCACCACCGCCAAAUUUCCCUCCCUCUAUCCCCCGGCAGCGACUACACCCUCUCCUUCGCCGUCGGCUCCCACCCUCCCCAACAAAUCUCCCUCUACAUGGACACCGGCAGCGACCUCGUCUGGUUCCCCUGCUCCCCCUUCCAAUGCAUACUCUGCGAAGGCAAGUCCGACCCUUCCACCGCCAUCGCCGCCGUCCCCAACAUCACUGCUUCAGCCACGGCGGUCCACUGCAAGUCCCCUGCUUGCUCCGCCGCCCACUCGUCCCUUUCCUCUUCCGACCUCUGCGCAAUCGCUCGCUGCCCGCUGGAAUCGAUCGAGACCUCCGAUUGUUCUUCUUUCUCUUGCCCCAAUUUCUACUACGCUUACGGCGACGGAAGCUUAAUCGCUCGCCUCUAUCGCGAUGUUCUCUCUAUGCGAACCUCUCCGUCUCUGAAUCUCGAAAACUUCACAUUUGGGUGCGCCCACUCAGCACUCGCCGAGCCCAUCGGCGUCGCCGGCUUCGGCCGCGGAGUCCUCUCCCUCCCCGCCCAACUCGCUACUUUCUCCCCCCAACUUGGCAACCGAUUCUCCUACUGUUUGGUCUCUCACUCGUUCGAACCAGCCCGAGUCCGCCGGCCGAGCCCUCUAAUUCUGGGCCGCUACGACGACAAGGAGAAGAUCGGCUCCGCCGGCGGUGAGUUCGUCUACACGCGGAUGCUCAAUAAUCCCAAACACCCUUACCUCUACUGUGUUGGACUCGAGGGAAUCGCCGUCGGGAAGGCGUAUAUCCCGGCGCCGGCGUUUCUCAGAAGGGUCGAUGCAGAAGGAAAUGGAGGGGUGGUGGUGGACUCGGGCACGACGUUCACUAUGCUGCCUUCGAAGUUAUUUGAAUCGGUGGCGACUGAGUUGGAUCGCCGAGUCGGGAGGGUGUACAAGCGGGCGGCUGACACGGAGGACCGGACCGGGCUGGGCCCGUGCUAUUAUCUCGGUGACGGGGCGGGGAGGGUGCCUCAGGUGUCGUUGCAUUUGGCGGGGAAUUCUAGCGUGGUAGUGCUGCCAAGGAAGAAUUACUUCUACGAGUUUUUGGACGGUAGAGAUGGGGUGGGGAAGAAGAGGAGGGUGGGGUGUCUGAUGCUGAUGAACGGUGGAGAUGAGGCGGAGUCGGGUGGGCCGGGGGCCACUCUUGGGAACUAUCAGCAGCAGGGGUUCGAGGUGGUGUAUGAUUUGGAGGAGCGGAAGGUUGGGUUCGCCCGGCGGAAGUGCGCAUCGCUCUGGGACAGCCUGAAUCAUAGCUAACGUGCGCCUCUCUCGAUCGUCAAGCGUGGUUGACUUGUUUGGUCAAUUGGUGCAUGCAUGUUUGGCGUGCGGGGGGUUUGACCGCACGUGGGGCGCAUCUAUUUUGGGCAUAGUUGUGAUAUAUGAAUUAUGUAUAUAUAUUUUUUCUUUUGAAUUACGUAUCGGUUUCCACGUGUCAUCCUGCAACUGAUCCCACAACUUUAAAGGAAAGUAAAUUUCAAGAAUUCAGGAUGGAAACGAAUCUCAGAGGAUUUGAACACCUGACCUUGUGAGAGGUCAUCACCUGAACCAUACCUGGGGGUAUGAAUUAUGUAUAUUUUGUAUGUAUGAAUGUGAGAUUUGCUUGUGGUGCUCUGCUCCUAAUGUAUAAAAGUAGCCAUGAAGCAAAGCACUAGAAGCAAAAUUAAUAAAAUGCAAAAAUAAGAAAUUGUAGGUAA